AACAACUGACCGAGAUAAAUAUGUUUGUGGAAAAUAUAAUUAAUGCAUUUUGUUGUAGACUGUACAGGGUGCUUCGGCGAAAUUCACUGCCAGCAGGAACGACAAGUUUUUGGCGAGUACAAUCACAAGAAGCUAACGUUAGCUCAGCUAGCGUUAGUCAAUGGCGACGUUGUUAGCGAAUUAACUGAUGCCAGUUUAUAUUAUAAUAAAAAAUUAAGAGAAAUUUCGGCUUCUGCCAGCUCAUAUCAAUGAAGAAACGCUGGCAAAUAAUAAGGAGUAAAGAAGAUGGAUGUUAAGAGCUAGCUAAGACAAACUGACUGGUUUUGAUGUUCCGUUUUUCAGAUAGAGAGGACUGCUGAAACCCGGGCAGUAGGUCGAAAUUCAGUUUGUAUGACACAAUGGAGACAAUGAAACCUCACAGAUGUGAAAAAUGUGGACAGAGUUUUUCAGACAGUAGCUUGUUUGCUUCUCACGUGUGUUCAAAGAGGCAGAGAGCUCCAUCCAGUAAAGGACAUCUGGAGAGCUACAAAUGCUCUCAGUGCAGCGAGAUCUUUUCCAAAACAGCUGCUCUGAAACACCACUUCAAAAUCCUCCACAGUGGAUGUGACCCUGAAGGCCCAUUCCACUGCUCUGAGCAAGGCUGCCAGUUCAGCAGCACAGAUCGUCAGGAAUAUCAAGUCCACUUGACGUCCACGCACGGCCUCACUCUUAUUCCUUGCACCUUCCGGUCCUGCAAAGUGUCGUUCCUCACACGGGGUGAGAUGGAGAGCCACUGCAAAGGCCACAUGCCUUUUGGCUGCUUUCAUUGCCAGUUUAUCACCCAAAAUGCAAAAGAACUGAGUGACCACCUCUCAGAGCACAACCAUCUGCCAACUUACACUCAAGGGAACGAGACUUCGUCCACUACUGUAUGUACUGAGGAAAUCCACCAGCCUCAAGUCUCCAGUAGGCCGAAAAGAAAACAGAAAACCAACCCAGGUUAUUUGUCGUCAUCAGUCGAAGAUGAGAACAAGGAAGAACAUGAGAGGCAAGGACCUAACGUGAAGAGAGCAAGAAAAGCAGCUGUGCCACUGCCAUCCAAAGAGUACCUCGCAGAGGGUGCAGAGCACAUCUAUCGCACCAACACCUGUCCCAAGUGUCGGCGCUGCUUCAAGAUGCGUUCCCACCUGCAGGAGCACCUCCAUUUACAUUUCCCUGAUCCCAGUCUCCAGUGUCCCACCUGUAAGCGUUACUUCACCAGUAAGAGUAAGCUACGCAUACACAGACUCCGUGAGGCGGGUGAAAAGGUUCAUCGCUGCCACUUGUGUGAAUAUUCUGCCGUGGAGCGGAACGCAAUCCGCCGCCACCUUGUCACCGUGCACGCCGACGAGGCAGAAGAUGACAUCAGCUAUCCUUGUCCUACCUGUGGUGAAAGCUUUCGUCAGAGCAGGUUGCUUAAAGCUCACAUGAAGACGCACAACAUCGCGCCAGAUAGCGAGCCGGUGGCCUGCUUCCACAAGGGUUGUUCUUUCCAGAGUUCUUUGCGCAAGGAGCUUCUUAAACACGCCGCCGAAGCGCACGGGGUCAAGGCCGUAGAAUGCCGACAUCACGCCUGCGGUGUCGUCUUUCCAAACGAGAAGGACAUGGAGGCUCAUUAUCGGACGCACCUCGCCUACCACUGCUCACUGUGUGAUUUCUCUUGCUCCAAUAAGACCGUCUUCCUCCAGCACCAGCGGCACGGCCACCCAGGAAACGACAAGCUUUCCUGCGACUUUUGUGCUUUUGUUACAUUUAACCCCGUGGAGUUCGAACAGCACAUCGGACACUUACACGCCAACGAGAAGAUCCACCGCUGUUCUCAGUGCAGCUAUGUGACCUCACAUAAACGUGGCUUGAAGAGACACAUGCUGAUGCACAGCGGUGAGAAGCCCCACAAGUGCAGCAUCUGUGACUUCAGGUGCCGAGAUGAGUCCUACCUCUCUAAACAUAUGCUCACUCACUCUGAUGACAAGAACUUCAUGUGUGCUGAAUGUGGAUACGUCACUAAAUGGAAACACUAUCUCAACGUCCACAUGAGGAAACAUGCUGGAGACCUCAGGUAUCAGUGUGAUCAGUGCCCUUAUCGCUGUCACCGCAUGGACCAGCUCAACAGCCACAAACUACGACAUCAGGCUAAAUCUCUCAUGUGUGAGAUCUGUGCUUAUGCCUGCAAGCGCAAAUAUGAGCUUCGCAAUCACAUGUUGUCCAAACACUCCGGAGAAGGGAAACAGCCGUCUGUGUAUAAGUGCAAAUACUGUACGUACACUACCUGCUACCGACAAGCCCUUCAAAACCAUGAGAACUGCAAACAUACCAAGCUGAAAGAGUUUCGUUGUGCACUUUGCUUCUAUUCCUCGUUCAGUAGCAUCAGCCUCUUCCUGCACAAGAGGAAAGCUCAUGGGUACGUACCUGGGGACAAAGCGUGGCUAGAGAACUACGCUGCAAAAGAGAAGGAGAGGAACUCGACUGAGUUCUUGCAGGGUUUCUACAAUAAGUCCUCAAUAGGUAAUGAGCCGUCUGAACAACUUACCGAAGGACCUCCACCAUCUCAAUGUGAUCUCCCUGGCUCAGCAGAUCACAGUGGCAGCAAGGAAACCGUAACUGGCUCACAAGCUGUUGAUUCGGUGAAUGUUUUUGAUGUUGUGUGUCAAGAGGUUGUCAAUGAAGGUAUUUCAGACAGUCCACCUGGGAGCAGUCCCGAGGAGUACUGCACUCUUGUUUUAACUGCACUAUCAACCACUGACUAUGAAACCCCAUCUUUUCAAAACGAGGAGGAAAAUUCUCCGAGUGCAUCCACUCUAAAUUGCAAUGAGUCUGAUACGCCACAAGAAAAGGCAGACUUCUCUAAAUCUACAAGGUCAUCAGAGGAAGACAAUAUAGCCAUAGCCGACGAAGAGAGUGAACAAAGUGACUUGGAUGACAACUAUGAGUCUCUAAAUAAUACGAGUCAACCGACCGAGCCUGAGAAGAGUCAGACUGAGACGCCUGAGGUGGAGAAUGAUUGUGGAACAGUCAUUUCAACUUCUCCACCUGAGCAAAAUCAGCCGUUAGAAUCCGAAGUCCGUCUGAAAGCUAUGAAGAAGCACGACAAGGACCAAGCCGAAGCCAUGGUUUUGGAGGGACGGGUGCAGAUGCUCGUGGUGCCGACCAAAGACGUUUACCGCUGUGACAAGUGCUCUUAUGUAACCAAAAAGGAAACGGCUUUGAAGUACCACUGCCGGUCUUUGUGCCACGGUAGAAUACAGGGACACAAGUGCCAGGCCUGUGGUGCACAGUUCAAACAGAGGCGAGGCCUUGAUAGCCACCUUGCAAAAAAGUGCCCAGCACUUCCACGAAAAACAAGGACUUUUGUCGGUCUUUCAGCUACACGUCUGGCUACAGAUGAAAACUCUACCGUGGGUCAAGAAGCUUCCAAACAACUGGAUGAGGGAAUUAAUUCAGAUCAGACAAAGCUUCUCUCUCCACAAAAUAGGAUCUCCACAGAUUCAAAUGAUCAGGAUUUUCAUCAGCUUGUUAAUAGUGCCUCUACAUCUAGUGAAUCAGGACAUCAGCAAUGCAACGUUCAGACAAAAAAGCUUUCCGAUAACGAACAAACAGAUGUUCCACUGCUGAAAAACUCCCUUUACACUAAAGAAGAUGGGAAAUUUAAAUGCAAGCUCUGCAAUUUUUCAUCAGUAAAGCUCACAACAGUUGAUCGACACACUUCGACCUGCCGGAAAAAAAAUCAAAUCCUUUCAGAAGUGGAUGACGAGUGUGGUGAUGAGUCAGUCAAAGAAAAAGAAGAUGUGGUGGAGGAGCCUGAGAAAGUUUCUAAGAAAUGUCAAAUUUUCUCUUGUCCAAGCUGCGCAUUUAAGUGCAAUCAGAGAAGAGCAUUAGACCGCCAUGAAAAGAGAGGCUGCUUGAAACCAGAUGAGGUCCAAUGCACCAUGUGUUCAUUCAUUUCCAAAUCUAAAACGUCUUUGUCACGUCACGUUCUGUAUGUCCAUGACAAAAAAAAGUUUGGCGUCUCUAAACCUAAGCGUUUAAAUUGCCAGCAAUGUACUUUCACCUGUAAGCAAGAACGAUGCAUGACGCAACACGUCGCGCUCAAACACAAAGGUGCGAGGCCUCACCGUUGCCGUUACUGUCCUUUCAGCACCACCAGGCGCUAUCGCUUGGAGGAGCACGAGUCUCUUCACACAGGAGUCGGUCGUCACAGCUGCAAUAUGUGCAACAAGACGUUUGGGGCUGUGACCAAAUUGCGUCAACACAAGACGCGCAUCCACGACAAACGGCCUACUCACCUGUGCUCACUCUGCGACUUCAGCGGCUACACGCUUGACGACAUAAGACGACACAAUCUCAGAUGUCACACCGGAGAGUUGCAUCACGCCUGCACUCAUUGCGAGGCUCGCUUUAGUUCGGAAGUUGCUCUAAGAAACCACUGUAAACGUGUGCACCAGCUGCAGGUCUGUUUCUCAUGCAAGCAGUGUGACUAUACGUGCAGCAGCGAGGCCACGCUGAAGACCCACCAACAGACUAAGCACCCACAAGUAAAGUGUACCACCUGCCAGGAGUCUUUUGAGACAGUGGAAAACCUUGAGAUUCACCAGAGAAUCCACCUUGCACAUCAGUGUCAGCUGUGCCCGUUUGCUACCAAAACGAGGCAGCUAUUAGCGCAACACCUCCUGAAUGAACAUGAGGAAGGAUCUCCACAGGACAAGCCUCUCAAGUGCAGCAGCUGCCAGUUCUCUUGUCAGCAUCAGCUGGUGUUGGAGCAGCACCUCCGUUCACAUGGAGGCAAACGUCUGUACAAAUGCACAGACUGCAAAUAUUCAACCCGGAACAAGCAGAAGAUCACAUGGCACAUCCGCAUACACACCGGGGAGAAGCCGUACAGCUGUGAGCAGUGUAGUUACACCUGCACUGAUCCCUCUAGGUUGAAGCUUCAUAUGAGGGUUCACCAAGAAGAGAAGAAGUACCUUUGUCCGGAGUGCGGCUACAAAUGCAAGUGGGCGACUCAGCUGAAGUAUCACAUGACCAAGCACACAGGGGAGAAGCCAUACGCCUGUGAAGAGUGUGACUACCGCACCAACAGAGCAGAUGCCCUCCGUGCCCACCGGGACACGCAGCACUGCGACAUGCGCCCUUACAUCUGUGAGAAAUGCGGCAAAGCCUUCAAGACUAGUUUUAUACUGAAAACCCACCAGCGGCAACACAGCGACGAUCGGCCGUACACGUGCGGCUUGUGCCACAAGGCCUUCCGGUGGCCGGCAGGCCUCAGACAUCACUAUCUCUCUCACACUAAGCAGCAGCCUUUCUGCUGUCGUCACUGUUCCUACAGAGCCAAACAGAAGUUCCAGGUGGUCAAGCAUUUGCAGAGGCACCACCCGGAGAUGUCGGUAGAGCAGGGGGUAGUGAGGGACUCUGAAGCUGUCAGCCUGACCCUGAAGGAGGCCUUGCAGGGAACGCUGGAUGAGAGAGCAGCUGAGGUGGAGGAGGAGGAGGAAGGAACAGCUGAAGAGGCACAGAAAGUAGGUCAAGAGGUUGCACAAAGAGGAGAAGAUGGUUAGAUAAAACAGUGAAGAGUAAGCACAAUAGAAAUGCAGUGAUUUUCAAGCCUGUCAACGUUUAUAUUUCUCCCACUUGAUAUUAUAAUAUUGAAAAGUUUUGGAUUCAUUUUCCUCGAAACAGGUCCGAGAAGGUAUUAAAAAGACUUAAUUACUGCAGGAAAGUUAAAAUAUUUUUGCAAAAACGGAAAUGAAUGAAUCAUUUCUCAUUGGUUAAUCCAUCCGUCCAUUUUCUGCAGCUUGUCAGGGUCCAGGUCACUUUAAUUUAAUUAAUUAUAUCACUGGGUGUUAUUGUUAUACACUGCUGGGAAGUGUGAUGUAAUGUGUUGUUCUAGGCCUUAUCGCCUGGUUUUCUGUCAUAUUUUAAUUUCAUACAUUGGUCAUUAUGAUAGUGAAACAGGUAUUAAAUUGCUUUCUAUUUGGCAUUAAAAAGGUCUUUAAAACGGCCUAU